AUGAGCAGAAGGAAACAGACCUUCGUUGUAAGAGAUGAUGCUUCGCAGUCCCAGAAUGACAUGGGUGCACCAUCGCCUAAACGAUCAAAAGAUGCUGCACGAAAGCGACUAGAGAGAGAAAAUGAAAGCGAAGAGCAGACUGCGGCUCGACAUCUCACGAACUCCCGAAGUUAUGCAAAAUCUAGGGAAAACGAAACUGUCCCCGAGACUUUAGCAAGGCUAGAACGGCGGAGAACUAAUCGAAUUAAUGCAGCUGAUCGCAGAAUACAAGCUACUUGCCGAAUGGCAUUAAUCAACGAAAUAGACGAGUCUCAAUUUCCCUUACACAAUAUUGGACAAUUUGAUGUUAUUUGCAAUGACUGCAAUGCUAUUCAUUUUGAAAACGAAAGAGCAGGAGAUGGAAAAUUUACUGUUUGUUGUAAUAAGGGUAAAGUAAAAUUACCCGAAAUUCAGACCAAUGAUUACAUUAAGGGAUUGUUGACAGGAACAGACCCUGAUUCAAAGCACUUUUUUGAUAACAUCCGAUCCUAUAAUAGUGCAUUUGGUUUUGCAUCUGUUGGAGCUCAAAUUAGAGCACCUCCAGGUUUCGGCCCGUACUGCUUUAGAAUCCAUGGUCAAAUAUACCAUAGAACAGGAACAUUACAUCCUGAAGGGAGUGAACCUAGGAAGUAUGCUCAAAUUUAUAUUCUUGAUCAAGAACAAGCUACUGCCCAGAGAAUGAAUCAACCAGCCAACGCAAGUUGUAAAGAGCGCAUAAUGACAAAAUUAUUUGAUAUAAUGCAGCACAAUGAUCUUGCAAAAGCAUACAAAAUGUUAUAUGAAGUUGAACAGGAGGAGAAAGAUAAGGCAGCUCGCGAAGGACGAGUAGAAAAUCAGAUUUCGAUGGCCAUUUUACAAAACCGAAAUUCUGAUCCAAGGCGAUAUAAUUUCCAACGGAGCAAUGAAGUUGCAGUUAUUUUUAGCAACACAGAUGGAGAACCCCCACUAGAAAGAGAUCUAUUGGUUCACCUAAGAUCAAGAGGACAAAAUGUUCAUGGAACUAAAAGAAUUAGCAUUCUCCAUAAAAAUUUAGAUUCGAUGACAUAUCCAAUUUUUUAUCCUAAUGCGGAACAAGGUUGGGGUGAAGAUUUGACCCUGAUUAAUACUGGCAAUACGAGAAGAAACAAAGCAAGAGUGGCUGAUGAACUUGCAGCCGACUUGGCAAUUUUUAAUCCUGCUGAAGCCCCUGUAGCAACUAAUAAGCGGAAACGUGUAACUUUGAAAAUGUAUUAUUCGUAUUUAUUCUCGAUUAGAAAUCAGUUUAGUCCGAUUCUAAGCGGCGGAAAACUAACUCAACAAUAUUUUGUUGAUGCAUAUGUGAAAGCAGAGGCUAACGAUUUAAAUUACAUCAGACACCAUCAAGGUGAUCUACGAGCUGAUUCAUAUUCAUCAUUAAUAGAUCAUGUUUCUGAAGCUCAUGAUGCAAUACCUGGAAAAAGAAUUAUUUUGCCCUCAACAUUUGAAGGGAGCCCGAGAAAUAUGAAUCAAAAAUACCAAGAUGCAAUGACUAUUGUUCGCAAGUUUGGGAAAUUUAAACGAGGUUUACCUCAUGCUCACAUUUUGAUUAUCUUGAAACUGGAAGAUAAACCUAGAACAGCGACGUUGAUUGACAAAAUUGUUAAAGCAGAAAUUCCCAAUAAAGAUACACAUCCACGACUAUUUGAGGUUGUGACAAAAAAUAUGAUUCAUGGCCCGUGCAAUAAGCCAGGAUCUAGAUCACCAUGUUUAAUAACUGGACUUAAACCUAAAUGUUGUAAAGGAUUUCCAAAGCCUUUCCAAUCAGAAACACAAAACAAUGUCAAUGGUUAUCCAGCAUAUCAAAGACGAAAUUUAGGUACCGUGGUACUCGACAACCAAACUGAAAUUAAUAACAACUGGGUUGUCCCUUACAACCCUUAUUUAAGUUUGAAAUACAAUUGUCAUGUUAACGUGGAAGUGAUCAAAGCAUCAGUCACAUUUGAUCCUGAUGAAAUUGACGAAGCAAUUCAAAAAGCUGAACAUAGAGAUUCGACCUUGAUGGCUUGGUUCAAGCUAAAUCAGACAAAACAUGAAGCUCGAAAUUUUAAGUAUCAUGAAAUUCCAGAGCAUUAUGUAUUUAAUGCAAAAUGUCAGUGGGUGAUUCGCCAAAGAGGACAAGAAACGACAAUUGGUCGAAUGUAUCCCGUAAAUAUGAGAGACACUGAAAGAACAUUUAAUGGACAAAUAUUUCCGACAUUUUAUGAAGCCGCAUUGGCUAGAGGACUUACUAUGAAUGAAAGCGUUUGGGAUGACACUCUUAACGAUGCAGCAUAUUCCUCUAUGCCAAGACAACUCAGAGAGUUAUUUGCAUAUAUUUGCGUGUUCGGGGGUUUCGCUGAUGCUAGAGAUCUCUGGAGUAAGCAUAGAGAAAAUUUAGUCGAAGACUUUGCUAGAGUUCACGGUCAUCCUCCUGGAUCCACGUGCGAAGGCUGUGAUAAUUACACCCUGAGAGAUAUUCAAGAUAAUUGA